CCCACCCUUCUAUCUAUUUAAAUCUUCACAAUUCUUCCCUGCCUGUUAUUUGCUACAAGACCAUCUGAACGGAGUUUUAACACAAGCAAACGUUGGGAAACCAUAGACAAAGCCAUGCCACCAGAAGAACACCAGUGUACCACACCUGCCAAGAGGGCCAUCAAAAAAAUCCGAAUGACUAGCUUGGUUAUCAGCUUGGCGAAAGGUUGGCAGAAAUGGGCAACUGAACACAACACCAAGCAAGCUCAGGAACCUAGUGGAUGGGUACCUAAUGAAGACAAAUCACCAAAUGACCCAAGUGAGUGGACACCUCCGAAACAUUCACCAACUUUCAAGACAGAUCAGUCAAAAACUGAGAUACAGUUUCCCUCAGUACAGCAAGUUUUAAACAAAGAUGGAGAACAAAGUCCUAGUGAGUCAACAGAAACUCUGGAGAAAUUUAAUAUUAAAAGUAAAGAAGUUACCAAAAGUGUAAUAAGGUCAGUCUCUGAAAGAAGUAGUGACAUUGGUCUUCUCAGCAACAAAUAUGAACAAGAUGAAUUUGCGGAGACAGGAAAGAUCAUCAAUGACCCUACAAAUAUUGAUCAGAUCCUUAGUAAUAAAAUGUCUCCUACAAGGAGAAAGUGCUCUAAUCUGGUAUCAGAGAUGACAAAGGGAUGGAAACUUUUAGAACAAGAAGAACUACAGGAUUAUCGCAGCAACAGCUUGGAUACAGAAGACAGUGGCUAUGGUGAAGACACAGAGGAUGGAUUAGACAGGGAUCAUAAUAUCCAAGAAAUAAAGAGUGUGGUGAGGAUAAAACAUCCCAUGGCCUCGCACAAGAAUAAAAAUCUCAAACUGUCUAAGAAUUACAGUCCUGUCUACAAUCUAAAGGGGCGAUGGCAAGAAUGGGCUGAUGAACAUGUGACCGUACAGAAACUCAACCCUUUCAGUGAGGAGUUUGACUAUGAGCUCGCUAUGGCCACCCGUUUGCGUAAAGGAGAUGAGGGCUAUGGUUAUCCUAAAGAAGGCACAAAGACAGCCGAACGGGCCAAGAGAGCAGAGGGCCACAUCCACCGGGAGAUGAGAGACAUGUGUUUCAUCAUCAGAACAAUGGCUCGGCCACGACAUGAUGGCAAGAUCCAAGUUACUUUUGGUGAUCUCUUUGACAGAUACGUUCAAAUUUCAGAUAAAGUGGUUGGAAUACUCCUGAGGGCCAGAAAACAUGGAAUGCUAGACUUUGAGGGAGAAAUGUUGUGGCAAGGUCGGGAUGAUGCCGUUCUAAUAACUUUGUUAGAAUAAGGUCUUUUUCCUCACAGGAUAAACCAAAGGGCAUCCUUGUAUUCAGAAUGUUUUAUCAAAAAGUUUAUCAGAAAGAUCGACAGACAAGCUUUCAUUGGUACUCAGAACUUCUUAUCUAUUAAUAUUUAACAAUAGUAUCUCCAUAUUAUCCCAUCUCUAUGUUAUUGUUUAUUAAGUACAUAGAUUGUUCUGCCAGUACUGGUAGUAUCUAACUAUGUUUGGUAAGAUUUCUAUAUAAAGAAUGAAGAUGAUAUAGAAGAUGGUUCACUUCAUCUGCCUUAUGGAUCAGAUGUUUAUUAAACACUUGGGGAUUUUUCAGAGAUCUGGUUAGCAUUGGGAGCAUGAGGCAACCCAGGCUGUUAAUGUUGUUGCUCCCUCUUUUAAGCAAUUCCAGUUCAUUUUUUUUUUUUUACAGAGGACCUCCAGCAGAUAAAAUGACAGAUAAAAACUUUGAGACACCCAUGGAGAGAGAUAAAAAAAUGAACCCAACAAACACCCCCCCCCCCAAAUAUACAAGCCCAAGUUCAGCCCUACUUUUCCUUCCAGGAAAAAUGAGGAAAUUUUCAUACUUUUCCUAUUUUGUACUGUUGGAUUGUUAAAUCAGUGGCCUUGUUUAGGAUAGUAAAUUGCUUUUGGGGAAAUUUGUGAAGUAAAAUUUGUGAACUCCACAGUUCCUGUGACUGUUUUGGACAGCCCCUUGCCAACUGUUGCUUAGAUACUGCCAGCCUUACAUUAAGGCUACAUAAAGUGAUUUUAAUUAAUGUUAAAUCCCAACAUUUCAAAAAUUUACUUUGACAAUAUGAGCUCAUUAGAUCUGCUUUAAAACGUGGUGAGGUACAUGGACAUGUGAUGUUAUAACAAUAAUACUUUAUAAUAAAUCUGAUUGCCAUUACUUAAAAGAUGUGUUAAGUAGCUUUUAGAUAAGGGGAUCCCAAUCUUUUUGAGUUAGUGGGGACAUUGGAUAAUUUCCAAACUUCUUGUGGGUGUUCAGAGAUUGCCUAUUCUUGAAAAUGGCUGCCAUGGGAAUCUACCCACAUAUUAAUUUACCACAUUUCUCACCAUCUCUAGCACCUGCUCAAACAGAAUAUAACUUAUAUCCCCUCUUUAAUGAACAGUACUUUUUUUUUUUCUGAGCAGGCUACUGAGUUAUAAUUGCCUAUUAUUUUUAUCUAUUAAGAUAGCUUAAUGAUAAUGAUGCUGGAAGAAUACCAUUUUGCAUUACAUUAUGCCUUCUCAUUUUCAAAAAUUAAUUUAAAAAUGUAAAAAGUUACUAGUUGAAGGAAACAGAACCUUAGAGAUAUUAAGUGAGGUAUCCUUGAAAUCCAACUGGGGGUCCCAGUGUUAGAUGAACCAUAUUGUUUUCUUAAUGCUAUCAGCUGUUGAAAAGAAUUGCAUUUUGAUAUGGUAUGUUGUCUUUCAAAGUGAAAGAUACUGCAUCUUCUUACAGAAGAAAAAAUAUAUGAUUUUGUGUCAACACGAUGGUAAAUUUAUUCUAAAAGUUACUACGCAAAUAUCAGUAUAUGUGCAUGCAUGUAUGUAUAGCUUUAAAAUGAUUUUUCAGUCACAUAUCAAAAAUGAUUCUUGCAAGAAAUCACGUGCAAAAAUCUUAAGUGCUGUGAAGUAUUAAUAGCAUUAUAAAGGAAGUUUGUUAUAAGCAAAUAACAUUUUACAUUUAAUCAAUAAACUUUCCUGCAUCCAUUGGUAACUUUCCUGCAUCCAUUGGUAAGGUAAAUCAAGCUUUUAUUCUCAGAUAAAAAUAAAAUCUUAUUUACCUUACUAAUUAGAUAAAAUAAUUAAGUUUGGAAAAAUGUAAUUUAAAAAAAAACGUUGCUUUCCCAGGACAAGGAUAUUAUUUUAAGUUUUUAUGUCUGCUAAUUAUUUUUCAAGAUUUGGAUUAUGAAAGUUUACUGAGCAGUUUAUACCAUUGAUUGGUCUAAAUUAAGCUGUAAAUAUUAAAUGUUUCUGUCAAAUAUAGGGAAUGUGAUCCAUUUCAAAAUCUUAUUUAUAUUAACAAGAAGUGAAAUGCACUGCAAAUUCAGUUGAUACAAUGGAAUAAAUGAAAAAGAAUUAAAUAAAUUUAAUAGCUUUUUUGAGGAAAAUAUUUUGUUUUUUUAAUGCCAAGGCAAUAACCUAUUAUUUUUUCUGAAUCAAUGUUAGUAGCAUUUUUAGUGUUUCCUGAAGCUUAAGGAUUCUAAUUCUAUUUUAUAGCUGCAGUAGCUCACUUUGAUUUUUCUUAUUGGAAGGGAGGCGAUAUGGAUAAAGUUGGGACAAAAAUUAUGGGCUGCCUUUCUUGGCAAAUGGCAGUUUGUAUUGUAUAUUGAAAUUUCUAUAUAGCUGUAACGAACAUUUUAACAGCAACUCCCACACCACAUGUCAAAGUGUAUUACCAAUUAAUAAACAGCUUUGUAAAAAUA